GCUUUAACGAUUCUCCUUGUUGGCAGAGGCUUGAGUAACAUAAUCCAUUAUGGUGCAGAGCACAACUUCACCGCUAAGCUAUUAGUUACUAUAUUCAUAGUUUUAGCCAUUUCUCUCAGUGCAUUUAUUAGAUUGUAUUUCAUUGGGAUUGGCAGUGAGAAAGUUAUUGCAAAAAUA